CUAAUUUCCCCCACAAUUAAUAGCAAAAUUUCAGGACUCAAUCAGGAAGUACAGUACAAUGGAAGGGCUAAGCAGCCUCACUCCUCCCCUUCCUGCUAAAACCCACCUAAAACCUCCUCUAUCUCUGCAGCUUCACUCUCCUCCACCUCCAAAUCCUCUCCACAACAACCUCAAUUUCAUAACCAAAUCAUCAACAACACUGUGCUUUCCUCUCCAAUCCAAACAUGAAAAGAAACAGUUCAAAUCUCCACCCAGAAAACGCAAACCAUUCAAGGAAUCAGAUGCAUUUCCAAUGUCUCUUCCAAUCCACACCAAAAACCCAAAUGCUAUUUGCAAAGACAUUCAAAGAUUAGCCAGGCAAGACAAGGUCGAUGAGGCCCUCUCAAUCUUGGACUACUUGGACAAACAAGGCAUCCCUGUUAACCCCACCACAUUCUCUACCCUCAUCGCUGCUUGUAUUCGUCUGAAAGUUCUGACCCAAGGAAGACAAAUUCAUACCCAUAUUAGGAUCAAUGGGCUUGAAAACAAUGAGUUUUUAUGCACCAAGCUUGUUCAUAUGUACACGGCUUGUGGGUCCAUUGAAGAUGCACGAAGGGUGUUCGAUGAAAUUCCCAGCACGAGUGUGUACCCCUGGAAUGCAUUGCUUAGAGGCAAUGUGGUGUCUGGUAAAAGACAAUAUCGUGAAUUGCUUGCUACUUUUUUGAGAAUGCGAGAGUUGGGGAUUGAAUUGAAUGUGUAUAGUUUUUCUUGUUUGAUCAAGAGUUUUGCAGGUGCUUCCGCGUUUGGCCAAGGUCUAAAGACACAUGCCCUUUUGGUGAAGAAUGGGUUGUCGAACAGUUCCAUCCUGCAGACGAGUUUGAUUGACAUGUAUUUCAAAUGUGGCAAGAUAAAGCUUGGCCGCCGCCUGUUUGAGGAAAUUAAUGAGAGAGAUAUUGUGGUUUGGGGUGCAAUGAUUGCGGGUUUUGCGCAUAAUAGGCUUCAAAGGGAAGCAAUUGAGUAUGUGAGGUGGAUGAGGAGGGAAGGGAUAGAACCGAAUUCGGUGAUACUGACUACGAUUCUUCCAGUGAUUGGAGAAGUGGGGGCUCAAAAACUUGGUCGGGAGGUUCAUGCUUAUGUUGUCAAGACAAAGAGUUAUUCGAAGCAGUUGUUUAUUCAGUCUGCUUUGAUUGAUAUGUACUGCAAGUGUGGGGACUUGGGUUCGGGCAGAAAGGUUUUCUAUAGCUCGAUGGAGAGGAAUGCUAUUUCUUGGACUGCAUUGAUGUCCGGUUAUGUCUCAAAUGGAAGGCUUGAGCAAGCUUUGAGGUCAAUUGUGUGGAUGCAGCAAGAAGGGUUCAAGCCUGAUGUUGUCACGAUCGCUACUGUUCUUCCAGUUUGUGCACAAUUGAAGGCUUUGAGGCAAGGAAAAGAGGUUCAUGGUUUUGCUGUAAAGAACGGUUUUUUGCCCUGUGUAUCUGUUGUUACUUCCCUAAUGAUGAUGUACUCGAAAUGUGGUGUCUUGGAAUAUUCUUCUAGACUAUUUGAACAUAUGGAAAAGAAAAAUGUGAUUGCUUGGACUGCCAUGAUUGAUUCAUACAUAGCAAGUGGGUGCGUGCACGAAGCUCUUGGUGUAUUUAGGUCUAUGCAGUUGUCAUCCAAGCACCGGCCAGACUCGGUUGCAAUGGCGAGGAUGUUAAGUGUUUGUGGGGAACAUAGAGCGUUGAAGCUAAGGAAAGAGUUCAUGCAUGGACAGGUCUUGAAGAAAUCUUUUGAGUCAAUCCCAUUUGUGUCUGCAGAAAUUGUGAAGAUGUAUGGUGUUUGCGGAGCAGAUGACAAAGCAAAAUUAUUUUUUGAUGCGAUCUCUGUCAAGGGAUCAAUGACAUGGACAGCCAUCAUUGAGGCUUAUGGAUGUUAUAAUGACCGUUAUGAAGAUGCGAUUAAUCUUUUUAAAGAGAUGAAAUCUCGUGGUUUCUCUCCAAAUCAUUAUACUUUUAAAGUGGUUCUAUGUAUUUGUGAGAGGGGUGGAGCUGGAUAUGCAGAUGAAGCUUGCGAAAUAUUCAAUUUAAUGACUCGAAGAUAUGAUAUUAAACCAUCCGAAGAACAUUACUCUAGCAUCAUUGGACUUCUUACUCGUGUGGGUCGCGUUGAGGCUUCUCAAAGAUAUAUUCAUAUGAGAUCAUCCCAGCUGACACUGACAUCACAAAAAGAGAAAUUGGAUCAUCUGGUUAUUGCACAUCAAUCUCAGCCUUGAGCUUCCAUCGGCUGCUAACUCAUAUGUAAGCUAUGUUGUAAGUUUAUCUAUGUAUCAUAGUCAUUUUUCUGUAAAUUAAGGAAUUUAUCUCUAAUAAAAAAAGACAUUUAUAGGGUGAUCCUGAAAUU